GCGACGAUGGGCAUUGAGAUCUUUAUCAGGGGUAUUUCAGGGCAGUGUGGCAUUGUUGCUCACCGCAUAACAUUUCAGUGGCUCUGAUGCUGCUGGAAAUUAGCCGCCUUCAUCGGAGGUGGUGUGGUCGCUUUACACGCCUGUACGUGUACGAGUGUGUGACACAGAGAGGCUCAGUGCAGUGUUUGUCUGUCAUUAGACACAGCCGUCUCUCCUCGCACUCCCCCUUCCCCGGGCUUCCCAGUCUCUCCUCUGCUGCUCUGUCUCUGUAAUCAUCUAUACGCGUCCCCUCCAUACGCUGGAUUUCACCCCCCCCCUCUUCUCUGCCCCCCCUAAUCUUUUCUCCCCCUGGAGCAGCAACAACUGAAGCAGUGCGGGAGCUCUCCUCCUCUUUGGCAUCAACAGACUGAAGGGGUCAUCAUUUUCUUCUUCUUUUUUUUAAAUCCGGGGGUCCAUGCCUGGCUCGCACGGUGGGGGUCCUGCUCAUUCAUUCGCAGCUGCCAUCCAUUCAUCGGCUCGUCAGACCUCCGGAGGGAAAGACUCCAGCCAGCACUGUCCACCACAGACCAACCAAUGUAAAGUGGAGACCCCCAGCGAUCAGAGUGCGUGACAGCAGGAUGCGGGAACCAAGCUGGCCCUUCUCCUCUGGAUGGGCGCAGGGAUCGCUCCUGGUCUGCUCGCUGUCCUUGUGUGUGGCCUCUUCCUUUCUCUCCUGUCCUCCAUCGUGUAUCUGUAACUCUGACAGCAUGGAGGUGGACUGCAGCGGACGAGGACUCACGGCUAUACCCACCGAUCUUCCCCAGGAUACCCGAAUACUUCUAAUGCUCAACAACCGCGUAACCUCUCUUGCUGGUGGUCCUUUUUCCAACUUGACAUCUCUGCACCGCUUGGACCUUUCCAAUAACUUCCUUGACCAGUUACCCCCAGGCCUCUUUGCGGAUCUGGGAAACCUCACAGAAAUCCGUCUGCGGAACAACAGCAUUCGUGGUAUAGAGCGAGACCUCCUGCAGGGACUGCCGCAGCUUCGUAGACUGGAUCUGUCUCUCAACUUUUUGUCUCAGCUACCUCCGGGAUUGUUUGAUGACCUCUCAAUGCUCCACUGGUUAUCGCUUCGCUCCAAUCGGUUGCAGAGUUUGGACAGGAUGACCUUUGAGCCUCUGGGCAGCCUGGAGAACAUUCAGCUGGGGGAUAACCCAUGGGAGUGUGACUGCAAACUACGAGACUUCAAACACUGGAUGGAGUGGUUCUCAUACAGAGGAGGUAAAAUUGAUGAGCUGCAAUGCACCCUCCCAAAAGAACUGCGUGGGAGGGACAUGCGGAUGGUCCCCGUUGAGAUGUUUAAUUACUGCUUGCAGCUGGAAGACGAAAACAGCUCUGGACCAGUAGAAAGGCCUUCCCUGCCCUGCACUAAGGCAAGCCCCGCCCUCGCAGAGCCAGACCCAGGGCCGGACUGCCCACAGAAACAGAGGUAUCGCCCUGCCAGUGUCCGGCGAGCCAUCGGCACUGUGAUUAUUGCAGGGGUGGUUUGCGGUGUGGUCUGCAUCAUGAUGGUGGUGGCGGCGGCUUACGGAUGUAUCUAUGCUUCGCUAAUGGCAAAGUACCACCGAGAGUUGAAGAAGCGGCAGCCUUUGAUGGGUGACACAGAGGGAGAGCAGGAUGAACAGAGGCAGAUCUCAUCAGUCGCAUGAGGAGGGCUCUUUAACAACAACGCAAGCGGCUGAUACACAAGCAUCCAUUUUGGCCAAUGCGGGUUGCCGCGCGCAUCCCUGUUCGGCAGUAGAGCGGUUGUACAAAAGCCUAUUCAGGACCAUCAGAAAGGGGCAAAUAAAAGCACUUAGUCAACUUCUAGAACAACUUAACUAUCUACGGCGCAAGCUGGCUAACUAAUAUCCAGAGGGAAUAGAAGCAACUCUGAUGUAACCAAAACACAACAGUUACAAAUUUACCAGCAAAAGGAGAUAUAAAAUCAAAAACAUCGAACAAAACCACUUC